UUUUGGGUCAACGCCUCUGCUUUUGAGUUUUGAGUAUAUAUAAAAAAUGUUAAAACUCAAAAACUAAAACAAGAAUGGCUUCCUGGAUAUUCAAGUUGCUGCUGCUGCUGCAAUGUGUGCUUGUGUUGAUUCAACAUGCUGAUUCAAGUUCUAUCAUCAGAUAUCUUCCUGGUUUUGAAGGCCCUCUUCCAUUCGAGCUCGAAACCGGGUAUAUUGGUGUUGGUCAAAAAGAGGAAGAUCAACUGUUCUACUACUUCAUCAAAUCUGAGAACAAUCCAGAAGAAGACCCUCUUCUUGUCUGGUUAACUGGAGGACCUGGCUGCUCUUCUUUCUCUGGUCUUGUUUAUGAGAAUGGGCCACUUGCUUUCAAGGUUGAGACUUACAAUGGAAGUGUACCGACGUUGGUUUCUACCACAUAUUCAUGGACUAAGGUGGCGAACAUAAUAUAUUUGGAUCAGCCUGUUGGGACUGGCUUCUCCUACUCAAGAAAUCCAUUUGCUGAUAUACCAAGUGACACAGGAUCAGUUAAGCGGGUCAACGAGUUUGUUCGUAAGUGGCUAGCUAAGCAUCCUGAGUAUUUCUCCAAUCCUUUCUAUGUCACUGGAAAUUCUUAUUCCGGUAAGGUGAUUCCGGCCAUCGUUCAAGAAAUCUCAAAUGGAAACUAUAUAUGCUGCAAACCUCAAAUAAAUCUUCAGGGCUAUGUGAUCGGAAACCCGGUAGCAUACUAUGAUCAUGAUAAAGACUUUCGCAUUCCAUUUGCUCAUGGAGUAGCACUCAUCUCUGAUGAACUCUUUGAGUCGUUGAAGGCAAGUUGUGGAGGAAGCUACAGUGUUGUAGAUCCUCUUAACACAGAAUGCUUGAAACUCAUCGAAGAUUAUGACAAGUGUGUUUCUGGAAUAUAUGAAGAACUUAUUCUAAAAUCAAAAUGCGAGCACACAUCUCCUGAUUGUUAUACGUAUCGGUAUUUGCUAUCUGAAUAUUGGGCUGAUAACGAGACUGUCCGCAGAGCACUCAAAGUUGUGAAGGGGAGUAAAGGGACAUGGGAACGAUGCGAUUAUAGAGUGCUUAGCAACCAAGACAUCAAAAGCAGCAUACCAUUCCAUAUCAAUAACAGCAUCAGAGGAUAUCGAUCUCUAGUCAUUAGCGGUGAUCACGAUAUGACAAUCCCUUUCCUUGGAACUCAAGCAUGGAUAAGAUCUCUCAACUAUUCCAUUACUGAAAAAUGGAGACCUUGGAUGAUACUCGACCAAGUCGCCGGAUACACCAAGACUUAUGCCAAUAAGAUGACACUUGCCACUGUGAAAGGAGGUGGGCACACAUUGGAAUAUAAACCAGAGGAGAACUCAGUCUUGUUCAAGAGGUGGAUAAGUGGUCAACCUCUUUAAACACACUUGGAGUGAUCUUAUUGAUGUUGAAGCCCAAAGUGUUUGGUUUGAUAUAGUAUUCCCAUCUGAAGUCAAUGUUGCAUUAUAAUCUAGAAGAAAAUAUAUAAAAAAACAAUUUUUUGUCUACGUAACUACUCGUGGGUUUUUUCUAGCACUUUGAUCAAAAGAAUGCACCUUUUAAC